GGGCGGGGAAGCGGCGUUCAGGUGCCCGCCCUCUGCGCCUGCGUCCUGAGCGCCCCGCCCCACCAGGUGCUCCCCGCCCCCGACUUGAGUGCCACCUUCUAGCUGCUUCCCCGCGUCCGCCAUUGGCUCAGGCGCCCCCGGAAGGUUGGGAGGUGUGGUGCGGCUGUGCGGUGGGGGCGAGUCUCGGUGUCGCCUGGGAUUGAGGGGUGCGUGAGGAGCGGCCUGAAGCCUCGCGCGGAGAAGGCAGUGUCCGCACCCCAAAGGUCGGAGAAGGGCCUUCCGGGGGCUUGGGCACCGCGCGGACCCUCCAGGGCUGCCUGCACCCGAGCUCGCCGGCCUCCAGCACGCCUGCGCGGCCGGGGUCUUCCCGCACCUGAUCGCGAGACCCCAACGGCUGGUGGCUCCCGGCUCCCUAGCCGGGGCGUCCUGGUGGGGGCAGUCAUGGCGCAGCUGUGUGGAUCGCGGCGCGGCCGGGCGCUUCUCGCUCUGCUGGCGUCGUUGCUCCUCUUCGGGGCCGAGGCCACCGACGGAGAUCGACGGAUCCACGACUUCUGCCGAGCUUCUCAGGUGGUGGGGAGAUGCCGGGCCGCCAUCCCCAGGUGGUGGUACAAUAUCACCGAUGGUUCCUGCCAGCUGUUUAUUUAUGGCGGCUGUGACGGAAAUCACAAUAAUUACCAGAGUAAGGAGGAGUGUCUUGGGAAAUGUGCUGGUGUCACAGAGAACACCAUUGAUCAUCUGGGCACCGGGAGGAGUGGAGCAGAGUCCUCUGCCCCAAGUGGUUCCAGAAGGCAGAAUUCUGAUGACCUCUCUAGUGAUAUCUUCAGCUAUGAAGAAUACUGCGCUGCCAAGGCCGUCACUGGGCCUUGCCGCGCAGCCUUCACACGCUGGUACUUUGACACCGAGAAGAACGCGUGUGGUGUCUUCACCUACGGGGGCUGCCGCGGCAAUAAAAACAGCUAUCGCUCCGAGGAGGCGUGCAUGCAGCGCUGCUUUGUCCAGCAGCUGUAUCCUGCCCUGUCCCUUGGUCCUAAAGCGGUGGUGAUGGUGGGACUGUCCGUGAUGGCCCUGAUUGUCCUCCUGGCUGCCUCUAUGGUCUGCCUGAUCCGAGUGAUACGGAAGAGGCAGGAGCGUGCCCUCCACGCUGUCUGGACCACUGGAGACGACAAGGAACAGCUGGUGAAGGACACAUAUGUCCUGUGAAGGCCUUGCCACCAGGGGAACUGGUGGAGGGCGGGAGGGGAGGAUGUGUGUGCUUUUUUAAAAUAGAGUGAUUGAUGGUACCUGUGAGAUCAUUAGGGCUGCAGUCUGUCUGUACUUGUACUUGGGUGUGAGGAGCUGCUUCUGGUCCAGCGCUGCUUAGGGAACCCUCCCAGGAAGGCACUGCCAGCUGCCCAGCGUCUCCCCCUCUGUCUUUCUGUCCUCUAGUGAUGGUGUCCUCUGCUCACGUCGACCCCACUACCUGCUUUCUUACCCAUCACAAAGUAAUGUUGUAAUAGGUUUUUAUUUGAUUGUUGUUGUUUUUUUUUAGUAGAAACACUAGCGUUUCGGUUUUUUUUUUUAUUAGGACUCUUAAUAAAAUGUACAAGUUUAAUAAAAGGUA